AUGGUGGUGCUGAUCACUACGGUGCUUUAUCCAUCUCCCACCUUCCAGACCUACAACACCAAUGCCCAGGUGCCCGACAGCGCCGGCACUGCCACCGCCUACCUGUGCGGCGUCAAAGCCAACGAGGGGACCCUGGGGGUGAGCGCCGGCGUCACCCGGGACCGCUGCAACACCACCAAGGGCCAGGAGGUGACCUCCAUCCUCCGCUGGGCCAAGGAGGCAGGCAAGGCCGUGGGCAUUGUCACCACCACACGAGUGACCCACGCCACACCCAGCGCUGCCUACGCCCACUCUGCCAACCGUGACUGGUACUCGGAUGCAGAGAUGCCCCCGGAUGCCCUGGAGGGUGGCUGCAAGGACAUCGCCCGGCAGCUGGUGGAGAACAUCCCUGAGAUUGAGGUGAUCCUGGGUGGGGGGCGGAAAUACAUGUACCCCAAAAAUUUCAGUGAUGCGGAAUAUCCCCACGAGGAGAAGCAUCGGGGCACCCGCCUGGACGGCAGGAACCUGGUCCAGGCAUGGCAGGAGGCCAAGCCCCGUGGCAAGGUUGCUGAGUACGUGUGGCACCGGCGGGGGCUGCUGGCGCUCAACCUCAGCCGCACCGACUUCCUGCUGGGCCUCUUCGAGCCAGGGGACAUGGUGUACGAGCUGGACAGGAACAACGAGACAGAUCCAUCCCUCAGCGAGAUGGUGUCCGUGGCCAUCAGGAUACUCCAGAAAAAUCCCCGGGGGUUCUUCCUCCUGGUUGAAGGCGGCCGCAUCGACCACGGGCAUCACGAGGGGAAGGCAAAGCAGGCGCUGCACGAGGCUGUGGAGCUGGACAGGGCCAUUGGGCUGGCCACACGCCUCACGUCCACCCAGGACACGCUCAGCGUCGUCACCGCUGACCACUCGCACGUCUUCACCUUUGGUGGCUACACCCCCCGCGGGAACCCCAUCUUCGGCCUGGCCCCGAUGCAGAGCGAUGUGGACCGCAAACCCUUCACCUCCAUCCUCUACGGCAACGGCCCCGGCUAUAAAAUCGUGGCAGGCGAGCGAGAAAACGUCUCUGCCGUGGAUUUCGCACACGCCGACUACCAGGCGCAGUCAGCCGUGCCGCUGCGGCAGGAGACCCACGGUGGCGAGGACGUGGCCGUGUUCGCCCGCGGGCCCAUGGCCCACCUGCUGCACGGGGUCCACGAGCAGAACUACAUCCCCCACGCCAUGGCCUACGCCGCCUGCAUCGGCUCCAACCGAGGCCACUGCAACGCUGCCACCCGCCCUGCCACCCCCCUGCUCCUGCCCUCCUUCAGCCUCCUCCUCCUCCUCCUCUGCUAAAGUGCCUCUUGCAAAUCACCAAGGGGGAUUUAUUUUUAAUUCAUCCCCCCUUUUUAUUUUUUUGUGGACAGCAGCGCCCGGGAAAGAGAGAGAACAGAGAGACUCAGCGGAGCUAAAGCAGCCGCUGGCGGUUUGGUGCUGGGAGCUGCCUCUGUAAAUACAUGGUUCCUUCCCUAUAAUUAGCAACGUUCCCUGGCCUAUCCCAAACCCACCGCAGGAUUGGGGAUGGCAGCUGGAGCCUCGGCGGAUAAAACCCCCUCUUUGAGCGAAAUGCGAUGGGGCUGGGUCCCAAAAUGCCUCUGCGGUCCCUUGGCUGAGGACUGACCCUGGUGCCCAACUCGUCACAUGUGUGGGGAGCCAGAGACCACACGAAGAUGGGAAAAAAAAUUAACUCAUAGGGUUAAUUUGUCCCUAAACUUGGGUUUUGUUGUCUCCUCA